AUGGGGUUCGCCUUGCGACUCACUGGACCGUCUGGGUAUGUAACGGAUGGGCCUGGAAAUUACAAAUACAAAACCAAAUGCACCUGGCUCAUUGAAGGGAGGCCGAACACGAUCCUCAGGCUUCGAUUCAAUCACUUUGCCACAGAGUGCAGUUGGGACCACUUGUAUGUGUACGAUGGAGAUUCCAUUUACGCUCCCUUACUGGCAGCUUUUAGUGGUCUGAUUGUCCCUGAGAAAGACAGCAAUGAGACGGUACCAGAAGUUGUUGCUACUUCUGGAUAUGCUCUUCUGCAUUUCUUCAGUGAUGCUGCCUAUAAUUUAACAGGGUUCAACAUCACAUACAAUUUCAAUAUGUGUCCCAAUAAUUGCUCCGGCCGAGGAGAGUGCAGGCUCAACAACAGCAGCGGUGCUCUGGAAUGUGAAUGUGCCAAAUACUGGAAGGGGGAAGCUUGUGACGUUCCCUACUGCGCCGAUGACUGCGGGGCACCCGAGAGAGGGCACUGCAACCCGAACGAUACCAAGGCGUGUUUGUGCUCUGCAGGCUGGCAAGGUCCUGGCUGUUCGAUUCCCGUUCCUGCAAACCAGUCGUUCUGGACCCGGGAGGAAUACUCGCUUCCGAAACUUCCUCGAGCGUCUCACAAAACCGUAAUCCACGACAACAAAAUGUGGAUUGUUGGAGGCUACGUCUUCAAUCAUUCUGACUCUCAGAAGGUUUUAGCGUAUGAUCUUAUUUCUGAAGAGUGGCUUCCGCUGGACAACACGGUGAACUCCGUAGAGAUGAGAUACGGCCAUUCGCUGGCGUUGCAUAAGGAUGAUAUAUACAUGUAUGGUGGAAAAAUAGAUGCAACGGGGAACGUGAGCAGCCAGCUGUGGGUAUUCCACAUUCCCACCCAGACCUGGGCUCAGGCGACGCCGAAAGCCAAGGAGCAGUACGCCGUCGUUGGCCACUCGGCACACAUCGUCACGCUGGAGGACAACAGCACGGUCAUGCUCGUCAUCUUUGGGCACUGCCCUCUUUAUGGAUAUAUCAGCAAUGUCCAGGAAUACAACCUGGACACGAAUACAUGGAACGUCUUACAGACGAGCGGAGCUUUGGUGCAAGGAGGGUAUGGUCACAGUAGUGUUUACGAUCCAAAUACAAGAUCAAUUUAUAUCCAUGGAGGUUACAAAGCAUUCAGUGCCAACAAAUACAGGCUGGCAGAUGACUUGUACAGAUAUGAAGUGGAUUCCCGGAUGUGGACAAUUCUGAAAGACAGUAGAUUUUUUCGCUAUUUGCACACGGCGGUGAUAAUGAGCGGAACCAUGCUGGUGUUUGGAGGGAACACGCACAACGACACCUCCAUGAGCCACGGCGCCAAGUGCUUUUCUUCGGAUUUUAUGGCGUAUGAUAUCGCUUGCGAUCGGUGGGCUGUCCUUCCCCGCCCGGGUCUCCACCACGAUGUGAACAGGUUUGGACAUUCUGCGGUGCUCUACAACAGCACCAUGUACGUAUUUGGAGGCUUCAACAGCCUCCUCCUGAGUGACAUACUGAAGUACACACCCGAGAGAUGCGAAGCUUUCGACAACGAAACAGCCUGCUUGCGAGCGGGUCCCGGCGUCAGAUGCGUGUGGGCUCCCUCCCCUCCUCGCUGCGUCCCCUGGGAAAUGGCGACCGUAGAGCAGCAGCAAAAGGUCUUUGAAGACUGUCCUCCCAAGCCAGUUGUAGACAAUGAAAAAUGUGAUCAGAUUACAGACUGCUACAGCUGUACAGCAAACACAAACAACUGCCAAUGGUGCACUGACCAGUGUAUCUCAAUGCAGAACAACUGCACGGAGGAACAGGUUCCCGUGACUCUAUAUGACAAUUGUCCUAAGGAUAACCCUGCCUAUUACUGCAACAAAAAGACAAGUUGUAAAAGCUGCGCCAUGGAUCAAAACUGUCAGUGGGAACCCAGGAAUCAGGAGUGUAUUGCUUUACCAGAAAAUAUCUGUGGGACAAACUGGCAUCUGGUUGGCAACUCCUGCUUGAGAAUUACGAACGCGAAGGAGAACUACGAUCACGCCAAACUGUCCUGCAGAUCCAACGGGGCUUUGCUGGCUUCCCUCACGACCCAGAAAAAGGUAGAAUUUGUUCUAAAGGAGCUGCAGAAGAUGCAGUCUUCGCCCAAAACUUUGACUCCGUGGGUUGGACUGAGGAAAAUCAACGUGUCCUAUUGGUGCUGGGAAGACAUGUCUCCCUUCACCAACACCCUGCUCCAGUGGCUUCCCGACGAGCCAAGCGAUGCUGGAUUCUGUGGUUAUUUAGCCGAGCCUUUCCUGCAAGGACUGAAGGCGGCAACGUGUAUCAACGAAGUCAACGGCAGCGUCUGCGAGAGGCCGGCGAACCACAGCGCCAAGCAGUGCCGCACGCCCUGCGCCCUGCGCACCGUCUGCGGGGAGUGCACCAGCGGCAGCUCCGAGUGCAUGUGGUGCAGCAACAUGAAGCAGUGCGUGGACUCGAACGCUUACGUGGCCUCCUUCCCCUACGGGCAGUGCAUGGAGUGGUACACCAUGAGCAGUUGUCCCCCUGAAAACUGUUCAGGCUACUGCACGUGUGCUCACUGUUUGGAGCAGCCCGGCUGCGGCUGGUGCACCGAUCCGAGCAACACGGGCAAGGGGAAGUGCAUCGAGGGUUCCUACAGAGGUCCGGUCAAGAUGCCAACCCCCGCCGCACCGGGGAAACACGGCUUGGAGCCCACCCUGAAUGUCAGCAUGUGCCCUGUGGAGAACAGCUAUAACUGGUCCUUUAUUCAGUGUCCAGUCUGCCAGUGUAAUGGGCACAGUAAGUGUGUAAACGAGAGCAUCUGUGAGAAGUGCGAAAACCUGACGACUGGCAAGCACUGUGAAACUUGUAUCUCGGGCUACUACGGUGAUCCUACCAAUGGAGGAACCUGUCAGCCUUGCAAGUGCAACGGCCACGCGUCCGUCUGCAACACGAAUACAGGGAAAUGCUUCUGCACUACCAAGGGAAUAAAAGGAGACGAGUGUCAACUGUGUGAAGUCGAAAAUAGAUAUCAGGGAAAUCCACUUAAAGGAACAUGUUACUAUACUCUGCUCAUUGACUAUCAGUUCACCUUCAGCCUUUCUCAAGAGGAUGACCGCUAUUACACGGCGAUCAACUUCGUAGCAACACCCGAAGAGCAAAACAGAGACCUGGACAUGUUUAUCAAUGCAUCUAAAAACUUCAACCUCAACAUUACUUGGUCCACAAGUUUUGCAGCUGGCACGCAGGCUGGGGAGGAAAUUCCAGUUGUUUCAAGAACCAAUAUAAAGGAAUACAAGGACAGUUUCUCCAAUGAGAAAUUUGAUUUCCGCAACAAUCCAAACAUCACUUUCUUCGUUUACGUCAGCAAUUUCACCUGGCCGAUAAAAAUACAGAUUGCAUUCUCACAACACAGCAACUUUAUGGACCUGGUGCAGUUCUUUGUGACGUUUUUCAGUUGUUUCCUGUCUUUGCUCCUGGUGGCAGCUGUGGUUUGGAAGAUUAAACAGAGUUGCUGGGCGUCGCGGCGAAGAGAGCAACUACUCCGCGAGAUGCAACAGAUGGCAAGUCGCCCCUUCGCCUCCAUCAACGUUGCCUUAGAAACAGAUGAAGAGCCGCCAGAUCUCAUUGGGGGAAGCAUAAAGACGGUACCGAAGCCGAUAGCGCUGGAGCCCUGCUUCGGGAACAAAGCAGCCGUCCUCUCCGUGUUUGUGAGGCUGCCUCGAGGACUUGGGGGUAUACCACCACCGGGACAGUCAGGUCUCGCGGUGGCCAGCGCGCUGGUGGACAUUUCACAACAGAUGCCAAUUGCCUACAAAGAGAAAUCGGGUGCAAUACGAAAUCGGAAACAGCAGCCCCCUGCACAGCCAGGAACCUGUAUUUGAUGCAUGGACAUCAGAAACUGUCUAGGGUUUUAAACAAAACGGAAAAGUAAUACCGAGGAGGAGGAGGAAGAUUUCCAAGUUGUGUGACGAGAGACUGGAAGCACUCAGAAAAACACGACUUCCUUGAACCCGACCUUUUCCCUCAUCUACGUGAUCGCUGGCUUGAUUUGACAACUGCUCCACUUAAGUUUUACUGACACGUGGCUUCAGAUUGCUCCUUUGUUUUCUUCGAGUUUAAAGUGAAAUUAAUUUUAUUGCAGGUCCGGUAACAUCCGAUCGCCGCCGUUCAUGGUCAGUGUAAAUAGAACCGUAGUCCAAUAUGAAUGACACUCAGGUUUAUACAUGGAAAGUGCUUUGUAGUUCGUGUAUUUAUCAAACUGUACAAAAAGAAAAAGAUGCAGUGUUUACAGGUGUCAGCUCUCAACACAUAAACACUACUAUUAAUCUUCAAA